AAACCCUACCCGUUAGUAUCCUUUAAUACCUCUUCUUCACCUUCAACAGGGAAUCAGGGGAACCAAAAUCAAAUCCUUACGUCUCUUUCCUUCUUUCUUCCUAUCUAUCUCUUCAUAUUUUUAACGUAGAAAAGGGAAAUCAAAAGUAUCGUAACACCUUAGCUCUCUCACAGAGGAGGCAUAUCUUCUCUUUGUUUCCUUCAUACCCAUCUCGUAACUCUGGGAAUUUUUGUUGGUAAUCCAUCUGGGUAUCAAGGGUUUUUAUCUGUAUGAGGGUUAAAACAGGUUUGGUGGAUCAAAAAGGGCAGGAAAUCUGCGAAUUGGAAAGGGAAAAGAAUAAGAAGCCGAGGAAGAACCGGAAACGUAAUAGGAAAUCAAUGAACAACGUCGUUCAAAAGCUUUUUCAGACCUGCAGGGAAGUGUUUGCCACCGGUGGGGCUGAUGUUGUUCCAUCCCCUGAUGAUGUUGAACGUCUCCGGUCGGUACUUGAUAGCAUGAAACCAGAGGAUGUUGGCUUAAGUGAGGAAAUGGCUUGUUUUAGGACGAGUGAUUAUGAAGGCACCCCUCCAAUAACAUACCUACACCUCUAUGAAUGUGACAGAUUCUCGAUUGGGAUAUUCUGUUUGCCUCAAUCUGGUGUCAUUCCUCUUCAUAAUCAUCCAGGCAUGACUGUUUUCAGUAAGCUUCUCUUUGGGUCUAUGCACAUUAAAUCAUAUGACUGGGCAACUGAUGUCUCCCACAACACAAAUGAAAAUUUCAAUCCUUCUCAUUACCAGAGUUCUUACGUGGGAAACAGAUUGGUAAAGAUAAAGAAUGAUUCGGUCUUUACCGUUCCAUGCAACACAUCCAUACUUUAUCCAGCAGCGGGAGGGAACAUGCACUGUUUCACAGCGGUAACAUCGUGUGCUGUGCUGGAUGUGCUUGGCCCACCAUAUAAUGAUGCGGAAGGCCGCCACUGUACAUACUAUAGAGAUUUCCCUUAUGCCAGCUUCUCAGGUGAUGCUGAUUUGGUACCCGAGGAAGAAAGGGAAGAAUACGCAUGGCUUCAAGAGAGAGAAAAACCUGAGGACUUUGUCGUGGUGGGAGCUCAGUAUAGAGGCCCCCAAAUUGUGGAGAACUGACUUUUACUCUCUUCCAUCUUCUUCCCUGACCAUCUUUCCUCGUUUCCUUUCCCUUUUUCUGCCUUUCUUCAAUCCAAUUUUAUAUAUAAAAACUACCGCUGCUGCUGCUGCUGUUUCUAUUUCUGUUUCUGUUUCUGUUUCUGUUUCUUGUGGCUAAAGGUUCUUCCCAUCCUUCUUUUUGUUUUUUCUCAACCGUUCUUUUGUACAUAACUGAAAAGGAAAAGAAAGAAAAAGAAAGAAAAAGAAGAGAAGUUUGUAGGGCCUUUGUAUCUUGUUCCCGCCGUCCUAGAAAAUUAGAUUUUCAAUUUUCUUUUGCAAUAAAACAUAUCAAUAUUUUACCA